AAUGGCCAUACAAGAACGGGAUUAAAUGCCCAAAAUAAUUCCUCAAACUCUGGCGAAGUCCAAAGGAGAAAUCUACGAAAACCCUUCAAGAAAUUUGAAAAAAAAAUGGAGUAAGCUUGAAAGAUUCAACUUACCCAUUUGAAUAUUACGAACAAGCUUCAGAGAUUCUCGUCCAUGGCGAUGACUCGCGACCAGGAAAGUCAAUCGUUUAUUAAUUAUUUAUUCACUCUUGUCUCUAUUUCAUCUUUGAAUAUUGUUCAUCUUCUUUCUAAUGUUUCCUUCCUUUUCCCCUCAUUUAUAUCUUCUAAUGCUUGUGCUCUGUAUUGAAUCUGAGAUGGAGAUCACAAAAUGGAUUGUUUCAUUGUGCUGUCUGAACACUAUAUUUACCAAAGUGCUAUCAAAUAAUCAAUGCCUUUUCAUGGUUCUUAGAAUUUAAAGGGGAUUGUCAAGCUUCAUCCACUCAUUGUUCUAGGUAGAGUCAAGAACUCUCUGAAGUUAGUCAGCCAAAAAUGUAUUGUUCUUAUUAGUUGCCUUACAAGAUAAAGGAUAGGGGGCUUAUGUCUUUAUGAAAAAUGGGACUGUUCCCUGCUCUGUUUUCUUUCUUCUUGGUUGCUUUGGUAGUUUCUUGGGGGCAUGAAACUGAAGGGAACAUGAACUUGACGAUGGAUGAUAGUGGAAAGGGCAGAAUUGGGGUCAUUGUAGACGAGAGUUCUAGGAUUGGUAAGGAAGAGAUGUUGGCUAUGCAGAUGGCUGUUGAAGAUUUUAACUCCUCCAGGAAUCAGAGCUUUAGUCUUGUUAUCAGAGACUACAAAAGUGAUCCCAAUCUUGCAGCUCUUGCAGCUAAAGAACUCAUCAGUAUGCAACGAGUUCAGGUUCUUAUAGGACCUCAAACCUGGGAAGCGACAUCCAUAGUUUCCGAGGUCGGAAAUGAGAAGCAGACUCCGGUUCUAACGUUAGCUAAUGAAAUACCAAAGUGGGCAAAUGAGAGGUUCAAAUUCUUGGUCCAAGCUUCUCCCUCCCAGUUAAAUCAAAUGAGAGCCAUAGCUGGUAUCAUCGGUUCAUGGGAUUGGCACCUAGUCAAUGUUAUAUAUGAAGAUAGAGAUUUCUCAACCACUGAAAUAUUUCCUCAUCUUGUUCAUGCCCUCAAAGACGUAGGAGCUGAAGUAAGUGAAUUUGUUGGUCUCUCACAAUUUGAUUCUGAUUCAUUCACCAAAGAAUUGGAGAGGCUAAGAAGAGGGUCAAGCAGAGUUUUUGUAGUUCAUUUGCCAUUCAAGUUGGCAUUGCGUCUAUUUGAGACAGCAAACGAGAUGGGAAUGAUGGGAAAUGGCUACGUUUGGAUCACUACUGAUUCUUUCACAAGCCUUGCACAUUCUUUCAAUGCUUCUAUCUUCUCUGUAUUACAAGGAGUUGUUGGAGUCAAACGCUUCUACCAUGAAGACAAGCCUCCAUUUCAUGAGUUUCAUCUUCGGUUCCGAAGACGGUUUAGAUUAGAGCAUUCUGAUGAGGACGAGCACGAGCCUGGUAUCUAUGCAGUACAGGCUUAUGAUGCUGCAAUGACAGCAGCUAUGGCAAUGAGUGAAAUCCAAGAAAAGGGUAAUGACUUGUUGGAACAAAUAAAGCUCACUGACUUUCAAGGACUCAGUGGAAUGAUUCAGUUCAAGGAUAGAAAGUUAGCCCCAGCUGAUACAUUUCAGAUUAUCAAUAUCAUGGGAAGGACUUAUAGGGAGCUCGGCUUCUGGUCUGAUAAAUCAGGGUUCUCACGAGAGUCGAGGGAAAAUUCGUCGUCUAACUCGUCGAUGAAGGAUCUUAGCCAAGUGUUUUGGCCUGGUGGUUCUUCGGAAACUCCAAGGGGAUGGGUUGUACCAACAGAUGCCAAUCCAUUGAGAAUUGGGGUGCCAACUGGUUCCAUGUUCAAACAGUAUGUACAAGUGGAAGAAGAUCCUAAGGGAAACAAUUUAACCUUCAAAGGACUUGCAAUUGAUCUGUUUAAAGAAACCAUACACAGCCUGCACAUCCCUCUGUCGUACGAGUUCUAUCGUUUCAAUGGCUCAUAUGAUGAUUUGGUGAAUGAAAUCUACUUAAAGAACUUCGAUGCAGCUGUCGGUGAUAUCGCCAUAAUAUCACGACGCUACGACCACGCCGACUUUACACAUCCUUACUCCGAAGAAGGACUGGUGAUGAUAGUUCCUACCAGAAAAGACAAAAGCAACAGAUCAUUGUUGUUCACAAAGCCCUUUACAUUAACCAUGUGGAUUGCAAUUGCUAUGAUAAAUGCCUACAAUGGCUUUGUAGUCUGGUUCAUAGAACGAAGUCGCUAUCCAUGUCACGACGGUUCGAUGUUUAAUCACGCUGGCACCAUGCUUUGCUCAUCCUUCACGACUCUCUUCUCACUACAUGGUAACAUGCUGCAUAGUAACCUUUCACGGAUGACCAUGGUGGUUUGGUUGUUUAUGGCGCUCGUGAUAACUCAAAUAUAUACCGCGAAUCUUACAAGCAUGCUCACUAUUCAAAGACUCGAACCGACUAUAUCGAAUAUCGAAACGCUCCAAAGGGCAAACGCUUUAGUCGGAUAUGGUAAAGGAUCCUUUGUCAAAAGAUAUUUGGAAGAAGUUUUACACUUCCGACCCGAAAACAUAAAGAACUACUCCACACCUGACAAUCUUUCUGAAGCUCUCAGAAACCAGGAGAUAUCAGCUGCUUUUCUUGAAGUCCCUUUUGUGAAAAUAUUCCUUGCUAGAUUUUGCAGGGAGUUCAUGAUUUCUGGGCCAACCUACAAAGUUGGAGGAUUUGGAUUUGCGUUUCCACGAGGCUCGCCGUUGGUAACGGAUAUCAACGAAGCAUUGCUUAAGGUAUCUGAAACUGGGAAGUUCAAAGCUUUGGAAGAUAGCAUGAUUGGUAAUGAGACAUGUGAGGAUGAUGAUGCAAAGGAGGAAGGUUCACGCCUCUGCCCCAACAGCUUCUUUAUACUGUUUGUAUUGAGUGGAGGAGUAUCAACAAUAGCUCUCACAUUGUUCAUCUUUAAUGCCCAUAGCUCUAGUUUUCAUCAGAACGCUAUCUGGAGAUUAAUGAUAGCUGUAAUGAGACACUGGGGAAAGCAUAGGAGGUCGCCUUCUCGACGAGUAUGCGACGAACUGCAAACGACGACUGCCUCGUAUAACUUUGUGCACAACACGAACUUGCGAAUUCAGGUCUAG